AAUAAUUCUUAAUUUAGAAAGCGUAUAGAAAUGCGCUGCAGAAAAAACUAACCAAUGAAAUUAAUGGACACAAAAUCUACGUUUCUACUGACAACUAUAACGCUACAGAGGAGAUAACUUUGUAAAAAGAGUUACUCUAAAAAAUUCCUUUACAAUAGACCUAAAAGUGAUGUCAGGUUCGAAACCAAAUAAAAAGCCAAUGCCUGCUCCAAGGUAAAACAAAAGGAUCAGCCUUUAAUUCUUUCUUUUUUUAUAUCUUUAGGGUGGAUUAAUUUAGAAUGUGAAAAUUACUAUCUGAGACUUUGACUUAGUCUUAGUCAUUCUAGUGAUGGACCAGUGAUAGUCUGAUACUGAUUACUGAUGAUCAAUGAUUAGUGAGUUAAGUGAGUAAGGAGUUCAAUAUCUAUUCAUACAAUUCCUGGCCUAUGCAAUACUAAUACUAAUAAUACAUACCACCACUAGAUGAUUAAAAUGUUCUAGGUGAACGUUAUGUAUAUCUAACUUCGGUACCCUAAAUAUUAAUUUGUUUUAAGUUUUAAGAUUUGGCUCAGAGAAUGAACAAUACUUAAGUGACUUAACAAAGUACUGAAAACUAGUACUAAUAUACUACUAGUACUAGUAGUCUGUAGGUACAACAUGAAAAUGAUACCAAAGCUAGUGAUACUAACAAUAUUCAAUUUAAUUAUAGUAAUUAUACUAUUAAAUAAAAAAAAAAAAAUACAAAUUCAAAUAUACAGAAACAAAAAACUAUAUGAAUAUAACUAUAUUAACUUACAGUGCAGCACAGCAAAUGAAAAGGUACAAUCCUCAAAAGAUAAAAAUAUUAAUUAACACACACAAAUUAAGAGUAAAAUCUUGGAAGUAUAUUAACAUCUCAUAUAAAUGUCUAGGAAAAGUUGCAAAAAUCUCUUUCAUCUAUGAAAGCUGCCAGCUUCUAUAGAUAGCGCAGAUAGCCUAAAUCAGAACCAUUCUUGAAAUUGCAUCACCUGAUAGCAUUCUUUAGAACAAAUAGAACAUAUUCAAACAUACAAUUUUUUUAUCAAUCAAGGGAGGGGUGGGUAAAUAGAGUGGCACAGCACAUUUAAUCGGGAGACAAUGCUAAAAUUAGGCCUUGUAACAUGUGUUACAAGAUUUUAAAAUAGAUUAUAAAAUAUGAGGGGAAAAAAUUCUUUGGCAUUUCCUGUAUUGUAUUAGAAAAAUAGAACUAGAUUCAAGUUUGAAGAGAGAAUUUUAAUUAAUUCUAUUAGUUUUAGUGUAUUUCAAAAUGAACAUUGAGUUACAUUGACUUUAUAAUUUAUAGAGAUCUUAAAAAACAGAAGUUGUAGUUUUAAUUUAAAUUUAUCUGUUGUAUUUUCUCCUGAAGAAAGCAUCUAGCCAAAAACCUGCUUAAUUGCCUUGUCUUUUAUUUUGAAGCCUAAACAUACCUUGUUCAACUCUAUAUUUACUUUCAAUGGCUUGAAUGCAGUCCCUCAUAUAUUAUUCAGAAUAAAGAAAGGUUGACAAUUGAUUCGCCAGCCUAUAGUUCAAUAUAGAUAUUUUCAGUUAAAGUAACCAUCUGGCUUUGGGUAAUCUGGUAUUUUAGCGUAUUAAAUUAAAGAUCUUUAACAAAUAUUUGCAACUUAGCUAAUAUAAUUAUGUUCUUGUUAUCUCCCCUUUCAUUGAUGACUAAAACACAUUGUCGUGGGUUUAAAAAUACAAGCAUAUUCCAAUAAGUAAAAAAGAAUUUGGAAUGAAUUAAUUGUUUAUUGAUAAUUUGCUGUCAAUGUUGUCUUUUAGAAGUACACAUCAAUAAUAACAAGUUCUUGUUAUAAUGAGUUGUGAGGUUGGGAUCAGUGACUUUUAAAGAAUUUUUUAUUGCAAUACAGAAACCAAUUACUAUUCAUUAAAUUUUUUCAGUAGUCGGACAAAUGAUUCAAAUCGUAGCAAAAAUGCCUCUGCAUCAAAAGGAAACUCCAGCAAGACUGGUAUGAGAAAUCAGUUAUUUACAAGCACUCGCAGUGCUGCUAUAUCUUCAGCAUCAGCUGCAAGAAAAGUUCAGACAACAGAAAAGGGACCAACUGUUUCCAAAGCAACAGUGCAGGUGAACAUUUUAAAUACUUUAAUAAUGACAUAAGCAAUAGCAUCACAUUCUGGUAGUACUAUAGAAAGUUUGAAUUGAAUUUUAAAGCCAGUGCUUAUAUAUUCUCUAAUUCUUCCUACCUGGUUUAUUACAUUUUAUUAAAAAAUCAACACAAAUGGUACCAGAGAUUACACAAUUAUUUAAAAUUUUCUAAAGGCAGAUAUGAUCUAUUAGCACCCAUUAACAUGUAGAAAUGACAUGCUAAUAAGAGUCACAUGUUUUUUCUGAAUCAAAAGAUGAACUACAAGAGCCAUAUAUUAGCUAAUUCCCUUAAAUGCACAUGUUUUAAAGUCAGUAAAAUGAUUGCUAGAUGCAUUUAAUUAUUCCAACAAUGCUAUGUAAAUGUUCAUUCUUAAUUUAGAAUUGUGUGUAUAAUAAACAUUUAAACAAAGAUUUUAAAUUUUAUGUAACACCCUAUCAGUGAUUUUUUUUAAUUGAAAGGAAUGGAUUGGGUUAAUUUAUGUUGAUUAAUGAGAUACAAUUUGUGUAAAUAAAACAGUAUCAGUAACCAUUAUGGUAAUUUAAAGACAAAAUAAAAAUUUAAGAUGUUUUGUUUUAUUUCUUCAUCCAUUCAACAAAAAACACAUAUUGCAUGAAUCUAAAUUAAAUUUAAGUUGGAAGUAUAUUUUGAUUUUGAAAAAGAGGUGCUUAAUGCAGAUUGAAGAUUUGUUUUGAUCAAUGGCAAAAAUUUAUUUUGCUUCCACAUAGAUAAUAUAUUUAGAAUAUUUUCUUUCAUUUAGAUCGCAUGCAUCAAUAUUUAAUGCCGACUAUUUACUUCCAUUAUAGAUUUUUGAUGAAAAUGGGGUAGAUGUGACACCUUUGCCUCUUCUUCAUUUGGAUCCUACAGCAGUUAAAAAACCUCCAGCAAAUGUCUUAGGUGAAAGCUCUGUAGGAACUGUAAGCAAAUAGUUUAAAUUAAGCUAAAUGAUACAUCAGUACAUACAAAUUUAGUCAGGAUGCGAUUUAAAAUCUUGUGAGAACUUUGUUUUGUAAUCAAUGCAUUGCUUUGUCAUUUGUAACACUCAAAAUAUAAGUGGUGUAUCAUUUAAAGGGAAUAAGUAAAUAAAACCAUAAUCAAAAUGUUGAUUAUCACAUUAAUAUAUAUACAAAUAGUAUAUUUAGUAUAUUUAGGUUUAAAUGUUUUAAAGAAUUAAUAGUUGGAAUUUUAUAGGAACACCUAUAUAGACUUAGGUGUGAAGAUUGCCUGCAAGAAAAUUGACACUUAUCAAUAUCUUUAAAAUAAUUUUGAAAGUAGAAAAAAAAGCUGUUACACUUCUCUGAUAUGGACACUGCUUAAUUUCAAGAGGAAUUAUUUUAGAAGUUUGGAAUGAAAUUGUAGCAAGUGAAUUAUUCCUGUAUCAUGUGUUUCAGCCUACAGAUUUGAUGUCUCAGACAUCAGCCUCUUUUUAUGGAGGACAAGGAACUCAGGCUGGCACUACUGCAACAAGUGUUUUUGGUGGUGGUCCAUUUACAAGGUAAGUUUUGUCUUCCUUUACUAAUAAGACUCAUAGUGUAUACAACUGAUGCAAAAAAGAUGAAAAGCAGUUUAAAAACACUAAUUAUGGUACAGUACAGUACAGCAUAUGCAAGAUGAAAAAAAACCCUUUACAUAUAUAUCAGUAAAAAAAUUAAACCAAAAGAGACAAUGAUAACUAAGAUGAAAAUAGUUUUAACUAAGAUGGUAAUAGUACUUUAUAGAAAUGUAGGUGGAUGAAAGUGGGAAAAAAAAGAUUGAGUUGGCAAGGAGCAGAGCAGCCAAAUGUAGAGGUCAAUAGUGUAAAGAUGUGCAGAUUGUUCAUCUGAAACAUAAUGAGAAGUCAGUCAUACUUUACAUUAUCACUGGGUUUUACCUUGCAUAAAGAUGAAUGUGGAGAGAGAUGUAGACUCUUGAAGAAGUUGUCAGAAAUAGAAUCUUAAUAUAUUUAUGUCAACAUUUAUAAAAAAAGUUGGGCCUAAAAUUGGAUGAAAUUAAACUAGAAGUUAGUGUUUUAAAAAAAAGAUGAGAAAUUCAGUAUAAUGUGUAAGUUUGCUGAUAUAUUACUGAUUCACAUAGCUUUAAAAAAAAUUACAUACCAAAAUUAUUAUUUAACUUUUGGCAAAUGAAAUUUUUUUAUAAGUUUAAGAUAAAAACAUUUUUCAGAAGAGGUUGAUCGAAGGUGAUAUCUUUGAAAGAAUUUUUUAAACCUUUAUGAUGACACCUAUGCCUCAAUAAAUUUACAUAACGUAUAAUAGACAAUCCAUUUAGGCUGUCUUUUCUGCGAUACAUUUGUUUUGUUUAGCUUUACCGUACAUCAUACUUUUUAACCUAGGUUUGCUGCCAUUUUUUACUCUUGUCGGUCUCCAUAAUUUUCCAUAAAUAGAUAGAGAGAUUUUAGAGACAUCCUUCUUUUAAAGUAAUAUUCUUUUGACUAAAACUUUAUAUAAAAUUGUGUAAUGAUCAUUAGAUAUUGGUAGCGUUUUAUAAUAAUGGAAUAGUAUAAAAAAACUACAAAUUUUACCAUACAUUUUCUACUAGAAAUAUCUCACAAUUUUGUUAUCAUUCAAGCCUUGGAUUAUGUUGUUCUAGUAAAGAGAUAACAGAGGCUAUGUUGUAGAUGCAAACAUACUCUGGAUUUGUAUUAAAAUAUAAAAUUGCUAUGCCGUAACUGUCAAUCAAUUCUAAAUUAUCCACUACCAGGUCUGUUUUUACACAGUCAUAUGAAGCAGGUUCUGACUCCAUACCACCAGAUGAAUCAGGUCCUGCUGACCUCACAACUUUUGCUGGUAAGGCAAGUGGAUAGAUAUAUUUAUAAAUUGCAUGGCCGUUGCAUGACUUUUGGGAAUCCUCAGCCUCUUUUCCGUUUUAUGCCUCCUAAAUUCAUAGUUGAUAGCUUCAAUUUUUUCAAAGCACAUCUUUGGACCCAUUAUAUAUAAGAGGCUUCUAGAGAUGCAGGACCCACACAACGGCUCUGGCAAUAGGAUUGAUAUCUUCAAGGUUGCUAUUACCAAAAUUGAUGGUAUAUUUUGUAGUAGGCCCUAUAUUUGAAUUCAAUUGUUAUAGUAUUUUAUUCAAAUGCCCAUUAUACCUUUUCUAACUUAUAAAUCUAAUCUAAUUGACUGAAAGCUACAUACCCUGACCUGGAAAUGUGUAAACAUAUUGCCAGGUACAGCCACAGUCAGAAAAGUGUUGACAAAUAGUUUUUAUUUUGUAAUGCUUAUUCUUUUCAAUUUCUUCCAGAGGUUCGUCAUAAACGCCAAGAGGUACAAGAAGUACCUACGGAAGAAGACUUAGAAAAAAUUGUGGACAUAACUUUGACAGAGACAGAAACUAUUUGGAUGUUUGAUAUGCCUGAUGUUAAAGUUUCCCAAGAGAGCGAAGAAGUGGUUUUGUUGGAUAAAAGGAACAAGACUUAUGCAGAGGUAAAUAUAUUAACACCACAUGAUUAUGAAUACAAAAUAGAUAAAGUAAUCUUUAAUUUUGCAAGUAUAAUAACCUUGAAAAGUAGUUUCAAAAACAUAUUUAAAGAAGCAUUUAUUUAAUGAAAAAUAAUUAAUCCAUAAUAUCUCAUUGUUUGCCAUUCCUUAAUAUGUGAAAAGUUAUUACAAUCUGUUUUAAUUUUAAUUUUAUUUCAUACCUUGUUAUGAUCUUUUGCUUUCAUUGUGUAACUAAUUGACAAAAAUGUGUGUUUUACACUUGUUAUAUUUAUUUCAGCUCCUGAAAAGCCGAGUUGGGAAUGAUUUAUAUGUGGAGAGAGGAAUGAUCACUUUCAAUGAACCACACAAAUUAAAAAGUGUGCAGACAGCCAAAAUUGACCUCAUUGUAAGUUGAAGCCAACAUCUUCUGACUCAGAGGUGGCUACCACAUGUUGCCCUUAAUUUAUCAGUGACUGAGAUAAACCCUUAUGGACAGUUAAAAAAAAUUAGCCCAUAGAAGUGUAGCUGGAACAUUGAUAAUUUUUACACAAUGAUACUUUUUUAGUAAUGAGACACUUAAUUGCAGGAUUUGAAUGCAAACAAUUACAAGGAUUUCUGCUCUAAGUAAUAUUAAUUAGGUUAUUCCAUUAAUAUUUUGAUAACUUUUUCAUUCUCUAAAAUAAAUUCAUGGUAGUUUUAUCUCAAAUUUUAUAACAUUAAUAAUAAUUGAAAACAAAUUAAUAAAAGUGAUGUAAAUCAAAUCUGUAAGUUAACACUAUAUUUUUUGCAUGCAACAAGUGUAACCAAAAUUUAUUUUGUUUAAGGUUAACUAAAGUAGAAUUUGAGAAAUUAAAUAAAAAAUUCAACAAAAUGUUAAAAUUAGUGGAAACAUAGUAUAAAUGUACAGAUAAUGGUGGAAUAAAGAUAAAAUUGAAUUGUUUUGCUUUUUCAUAUAUAGGCCGUAGGGGUUGAAUGUACACACUGGGACAUGUUUGACACUUAUGAUGCCAUUGAAAAGGAAAAGAAAGGUAAUCCUAAAAAAUACUCCAUGCUUCUGAAAAAUGAAAUACUUGUGCCGUUUUGCUUUACGAAUCCUAACCAUUGUACAUUUCACUCAACAUAUUUUUGCAUGUGUAAGUUGUCUAUAAAUCCAAAUGCUUUAAUAUUUUUUUUAAAACUAGUAGUAAUCUAUACAAAAAUAUGGAAAUAGUUAGUUUUUUGGAGUAUAUAAAUCUGCCAAUUUUUUUCAUUAUUCAAUAAAAGUUAAAUAAUCAGAUUAAUUGUGACCAGAAGUAAUUGGUGUAAAAGAAAAGAUCAAAAUGUUUGAUGACAUAUUAUAUACUAAAUGGCAGCAUAUUUUGCUAAGCAGGCUAAUAACCAUAGUUUGUUCAUUAAAGGCUUUGGUGCUGAACUCCAAAAUUAUAUGUCAUUGAUUUUGCAAUUCUUUGAUUUCACUCAAAAUGCCAUUGUGAUUAGGGUUUCUUGCAUUUGAUAUAGUAUGCCUGGGAAUAAAGUAUAAGGCUGUACAAUUGAAAUCUGGCUUACAGUUGUCAGAAUAAAAGAAUUUCUUUUUAAUUUUUAUUUAACAACUCAAAAUAUGAUUAUCUCUUCUUAUAUAUAUUUUGCUUCUAGUGUGGCUGGUUCCUUUUCAAAACCAGCCUUCCCCCUAUUGAACAUGUUUUAUAUAUUAAUAGUACUGAGUGGAAAAAAAAAAGCUGUCAAGUAGAUAGCGUCAUGACAGCUUUUUUAAAUCUAAGUUGAACUCAGGUAAAAAGAUUGAAUUUUUUCGGAUGUGACUAUUAUAUUAAUCAAUAAAGAGCCACAGGUAUGGUGUAGGACUGUCUGUAGCACAGACUGUCUUUAGGAUUGUCUCUAGGCCUAUUGUUUAAACGCUGGCAGGAAGGGGUAGGACUGUCUGUAGGCCUAUUGCUUAAAAGGCCGGCAUAUAUUAUAGAAAAUGAAAAGUUAAAUGUGUAACACUAUGACCCACCUGGUAUUUUCUAAAAAAUACCAGAACCUGGUGUAAAAAACUGUUGUCCCACCUCCCCCCCCCCCGGUUAAGCCCUAGUAUUUUAUUCCCACCUGGUUUUUUCUAAAAAAUACCCGAACCUGGUUGAAAAAACUUUUGUCCCCCCUCCCCCCCCCCCCCGGUUAAGCCCUAGUAUUUUAUUUAACCACUGUUAAGAAUGGAAUUUGUUUUAAAAACAUGUUUCAUGGGAUGGGAAUUUACCUGUGUCAUACAUGAGGCAGUUGAGAAUUCUACCAUUGGAUCACUCAUGUACAUAAAUAAUCCUGAAAUUAUUAAAUAUGUUAUAAUUUUAUUCUGUUUAUAUAUGCACAUUUUUGCAAUGGAAACUCAUCUUAAUAUACAUUUACUUAGGGAUAACUUAAAUUUAAAAAUUCAUAACUUUGUUAAAAAUAGUUUGUUAGGCAUAAUUACAAUUUAAAUAAUUUCUCUUGGUUAUAUACAGUUAGAGGCUAAAUAACAGCUUGGUAUUAUUAUUUUUUUUUUACACAUCUAGUGUGGUAUGUAUUUUGUUUGGUAGUUUUAUUUUCAUUGUAGAUUUUGUUACAGGCAAAAUUUCCCAUUAUCUUAAAUGAAAUCCAAGAACACUGUGAUUCUAUGAGGAAAAUAUUGUGUUAUUUGUCAAGGGAAUAUUAUUUUAAAAGAAUUUAAUCUAUUUAUAUUGUCAAUUCCAAUUCAAUAGACUAGUUCCAUGGUGCCCCUCUCUUUACUUUAAAAAAAUAUUUCUAUUGUUUAUUACAAUUGAAUAUAUAAAAAGCUUAAAAUUAUUGUCAUACUUCCUAGAACUAAUUCUUGAUACUCUGCCUGACACACAUUUUAUAAAAUGUUUCUAAUGUUUCACAAUGUUUCAUAGUCUACCUUCACGCUAAGUAUAAAAUUUCUAUUUUUCCUUAUAAUUAUAAUUCCAUAAUUAAGUUAUACAAAAAAUCCUCUAGGUGAUGAUUCUUGUAGUAUCAAAUUGCAUAUUUUUCAACUACUUAGUUAAUAUUUUUGCUGAAAAAAAUUAUUUAUUUAGUUGUAUGGAUCGAACAUUACCAUUUCCUUUCUGAAGUGUGUCCUCUUUUGAUGCAUAAACUCAGUCACUGAUAAAAGAUUUUACUUUUAUCUAACCAUUGACAUUGACAGUUCUUUUUUAGUACUACAUAUUAUGACUUACUUUCAUAAGCAAAAACUGAGGAUGAUGGGGUAGAAGCCAGCAUUGAAAACAGGAGUGAUAAUUCUGAGGAUAACAAUGAUGAUAUCAUUAAGGGUAUUAAAUUAUAAUGUGCCUUUGAAUUAAUGUUUUUCAUAAAAAAUUAUACAUUUGAAUAUUACAACAAAGUUUUGUUUUUUUUCAAAUAUAAUUUGAGCUGAAUUGAUUCUGGACUUAUUCUGAUUUAAAUUUACAGGAAGUUUUUGUGUACCAAGAGACAUGCUAGACUAAUGGUUUUGAAGUCUUAAAGUUAAUAUUGCAACCCCAUAUCUCAUAUCAAACAUGUUUCUUACCACAAUUAUAUGCUAAUUUUUUAAAUCUCUCCCUUCCCUCUUUAGUUGGAGAUGUUGAGAGUAUUUUUCUAUUUACUGUUGUGUUUUUUGAAAGGCUUAUUAUACUUAUUUGUGUUUCACUUAUGUAGUUAUUAUACUUACAUAUAAAACUAACCAAAAUGUUUUGCUUGAAGUGUACAUUACUAGGUACAUUAUCCUAGAACCAGAGUAGGUCUUAUUCUUAAAAUUAUUAUCCUUUAAGUUAAAACACUACAGGACAAAUAGACCUAAAGUUAAUAAUAUUUCAUGUCCUUUUUUUAAUCUUAGAGGAAGUAGGUAUUUUGUUUUCAUAAUGCUUUUAAGUUCAACUUUGUUGUAGCAUCACCAGUCCUGUUUACCCUCAAACUCUUCAAAUCGUACAAUAUCAUCACAAAAUCGUUAAAUACACCAUCUUAAUAGUAAAAAUAAAACAUACAGUAUAUAUAAUGCAUACACCUCAAAAUCGUACACUGUACGCCAAAAUCGUAAAAGUAAACAGGUCUGCAUCACACAGGCAAAAUAAUCUCCUUAUUAAUAAAUUAUCUCUCUAGCCCAAGAGGAAGCUCAAGAAGAAGAAGGUACAAUCAGCCGGCCAACCAGUCCUAAAAUCACAGACUCCAUUUCAACAGAGCCAUCAAAUCCUGAAGUAGACAAUAAAGAUAAUCUUGCAGCUAGAAUAUCAUCAGCCAAGCAAGUAACCAACAGAGGUAAGAUCAAAAGUCAGACUUUAUCAGAUUUUUCAAGUAAUAGAUUGUUAAUGUGGAUUUUGGCAAUUUAUAAGCUGUGGAUCAAAUUAUAUGUGCUUGUAAUUAAUUUAAAAGUUGAAUUUGUGUCUAAGGGGUCAGCUGCAUUAUGAUGCAUAAUGGUAGUCCCUAUUUGCCGAUAAUAUUUUUUUAUCAUGUUGUAUGUAUGAUAUAGGGCAUAUUAAGUUCAGUCUAUUUUUAAAAUGAUGUGUGAUAUAGUUUUCAAAGUCACAUCACACAAAAAUUAGAUUGAAACAUGGUGUGUUGAAUUAUCUCCUUACUAAAAUGUCUAAUACCGGUAUAUAAAAAUGAUUAAUUUAUAAUCACUAUGUUAAUCAUAUUGGAUGAUCUGUUAAAAAUAAGAUUUAAUGAUCACAGAUGAUCACAGAUGAUAAGACAAAUAAUUGGAAAACUAAUAAUAAUUGUAAAUUUUGAUUGAAAAUUGCAGUUGACAGCAGAGCAACAAAUUCCUCGGUCCUGGGCUCUGAGAUCCAGUCAAGUCUUGAGACUGCUGUAGAGUUGACAGAAAAGGAAAAAUUAGCUGCUGAGUGGGCGGAGCUAAUGCAGGUAAAUUCAUGAGACAAACUCAUCUCCCUUACAUUGCAUCACUAUUCUCCUUGUCUCCACUUCUUGGCUCCACUGAGACUUGCCAGCAAACCUUAGUGAUGUUAUUUGUUUUAUAGAAAUUAUCAUUUUCCUGAAUGGUUCUUUCCAAUAUUCUCUAUUGUUAAGUGGAAGCCUACAUACAACUUACAAGAACAUUGAUAAAAAUGGAACCUGUGCAUUUGAAGUUUUUGUUGCUGUUGUCUUAGAUUUUCUAAAUUUGAAUUUAAUCGUUUUGAAUUUCAUUGGUAAAAUUCAAAUGUUCUGGUAAGGUUUUUGAUACUGUCAUUUUAAUACUGCAAAGUCUCUUAAAGUUUAAUUAAUUAUUAUUUUAUUCCACAUAGUAAUUAAAACUAGAUCAUUAUUUAUAUUGUCAGUAAUCUUAUGAAACUGAUAAAAACAUGAAAUUUAAUAAAUGUUUACUUUCAGAGUGAAAAGUUUAAUAAUCAUCUGUUUCUGUUGGAGAGAGUUAUUAAUCUCAACACAUACCAGAUAAAACAAGCCUUGUAUAGGGGAUACAAAACAGUUUCAGGUAAUUUACUUCUACUAUUUAAUUUACUUCUGUAAUUUUGCACCCACUUUGGGAAGGAAUGGUUAAUCAUUCCUUUAAUUAUCUGUUUGACCCAAUUACUGUGAAAAUUAGUGGUUAUUUUAAAAUUUCAUAAAGUGACAGCUUAAAAUACUAAUUUUCAGUUCCUGAUCCAAAAAAUAAGCAAAGAGAACAAUUUGUUUUGGUCUCAAAUGUAAUGGAGCAAAAUUACAACUUUUUUUGUGUUAGGCAAGACAAUCCAAUACAUGACUGUAAAGAGAUUAAUCUUGGUGAUGGAAAAUUUAAAUGUGUGUACGAUUCCUUGGUCCUGAGUCGAGGUAUUAUAAGACUUUUGCAUGACGUAUGAAGUUUGUCUAAAUUUUUAAGUGUUUCAAAAAAAGUACAAUUAUGUAUUGAAAUUUUAACAAGUUUAAUUAACAAGGUAUUUACAAUUUACUUGUCUGUCUGCUACUAGAAAUGUUAAUGGCAGAAGGCAACAAAAGAAGCAGAGGAAAUACAUUUUAUGCCACCACUGGUGGGGCAACUGGGUCUAGUCAUUAAGACAGAUUGUGUUAAGUUAUUGUUAUAUGUCAUGUUAAUUAUGGUUUUAGAGAGUUUUUUUUAAUGACAUUUGAAUUUUCAUGAAUGGAGCAGUAUUGUGUCAGUUAAUUUAGAAUAAUUUAGUUAUAAAAAAGUUUUUAUGAUUAAUUUAUUUUGAUGUUAAAGUUCAAAACGUUAUUUUGGGAUAAUUGUGUUGAUUAUACUUCAGGGACAUUUGGUAUUGAUUUGUCUAUCUUAAAAUUUCUACUAUUUGUCUUUUGGUGUUUUCAUUUGAAAAACAAUUGUUUUGAUGGUUACUUAAAAUUCUAGCUAGAUGUUAAUUGGGAAUAUUUGUAUAUUCUAUACCCUUUUCCCCCUCAAAAUAUACCUAAAUAUGUGGAGCGUCUUAUGUUCUGAUGAAGUAGAAAUUUUUUCCUUUAUUAAAAUGUAAAUAAAAAAGAGUGUGCAUUUUAUAGGCUGCUGUGUAAUAUAUGAUACUGGGUUGCCAUGAGCACCAUGAUAAAUGGCUUUUAUCAAUACUAGAAUUAAACUGUUUAAUAUAUAUUACAAUCUCUGUUACAUAUAUGUCAGUUUGUUUUUAAAAUUUCUGAAUUAUAAAUAUUAAACAAAUGUGCGAUUAUUAAUUUGUCUAUAUUCUUUAAUGAAAUUACUUUAAUAUAUGGGAAUUAUAUUUUUUAUUUAUAAUGCACUUGUUGAGAAGUAAUUUGUUUCAUUUGACCUAUGUAUAUUUUUUUAGAGUCACACUCGACUCUGGCAUCAUUAGCUCAAGAUAUGGGACCAAACCUUGAUCGUUUAUGGUCUUAUGCUUGUAUCUUGACUCGAGGAAAAAAUGUCAGUUGUAUGGCAUGGAAUAAAUCAAAUCCGGUGAGAUAUUAUGGAUUUUUAAAUGUAUAUUUUCAUCAUGGUUGAUGUUUUAAAAUCUAAAUAUGGCAUCCAAUCUAUUUACCAUGUAUAUAAUGUCUUUGUAUCAGCAUAUAUAUUUUAAUUCUUUUGAUUCAGGAUCUUAUUGCCAUUGGCUAUGGCCAAUAUGAAUUCACAGCCCAAAAGCCUGGUCUGGUUUGUUGCUGGUGUUUGAAAAAUCCGGAGGUAAACUUUUGUUUGAUUGAAAGGAUUGAUCAAGUGUUGCCAAAUUAUUUUUGCUGAUAAAAUUAUUUGCUAUAUAAUUAUUUGUUGCUAGUAUCUGUGGAUUUAGGACAUUUCUGUUAUUUGACUAUUUCUAAUAAUGCUUGACAAAGAGAUAUUUUUUUCAUAUAUUGUAGUGUUUCAAAAACAACUAAAGGGAGUUCAAUUUAUUUUAAGAAAACCAACCCUGAAUGAUUAGAGCUGGUGUAAGACCAAAAACUUUAAAAAGAGAUUCUUCACUUUACAAUGUGAGAUUAGUACAAGAUUUAUUUAGUAUGAGCCAUAGGACCUCACAAUAUUGUAGCCAUAAAAAAUUCUCAGUUCAUUUUAAGAAUUUGAUAGGGGAAAAUGUUUAUUAGAUUAGCAUGCAUACGACUUUUCUAAAUUGCAAGUUACACACUUUCAAAAAGCAUAUAUUAUUUUAGUAAAAGUUAAUUUUUAAAAAUAAGCAUGAAACAUCUUAUUUUUUCAUUGUAUUUAUCAAAUAAUAGUAUCCUGAGAGAGUUUUCUCAUCAAAGGAGGGAGUGACUUCUCUUGACUUCUCAACAGCCAAUCCAAACUUGUUAGCGGUACACAAAUUAAAUAUAUUUUUGUGGUAUCAUAUUUGAAUCUUUAUUUUAUCUAACUUUAAACCUUAUAAUUAUUUAAUUUCAAAGAAUGAUUUUUUAAAAUGCUACUAAUACUAAUAAUGCUAAAUAUCUAUCAAUGGUUUUAAAAACAAUUGCUUUUUGUGAUGGUUAGCGAAACAAAUUGUCCUUAACUCCAGUGGGAAGGGGGAUUAGAAGUGCCAUGCAAAAAGUUUGGUACAGAAGGUAAUUCACUACAUGUGGUUUUGAUCUGAACUCCAUUAUAUAUAAAAACGCUAUUAAUUUUCAGUAUUCUUCCAUCUUUGGUGCAAUUAUACUGAAAUAUUAGUUCCACUGCUAAUUACUGAUAAGCAAAAUAUAUUUCUUAUUUUGUAUGUGCAUGACAUCAGCAUGCAAAUGGAUAUUGAAACAGGAUGAUUUUCAUCUAUUAUAAAUUUUUGCUGAAUUAAUUUUAGAAACUGUUAUAAUUUUUUAUUAAGUUUUUUAUACAUAAGAAUCACAAUGUUAACUCUUAUUUUCAUUUCCAUUUUUAUUGCUACAAUCAAAAUAAUAAAUAUGCUAAUUUAUUGCAAUUUAUAUGCUGCAAACUUUUGUCAAAUAGGUUGGUUUUUAUGAUGGAGGUAUUGCUGUUUACAAUGUAAGGAAAUCAGUGGAUGAGCCAGUUCUAGAUAAUUUGUAAGUAAUAUGGUAAAAUAAAUUACAAUAACAGAUAAAACAAUUACAUAGCAAUCACCAAGAUACUGCUACAAAAAUGGUGACAAGCCCUUUAUUAAAUGUGUUUAAAGGUUAUUUCCAUCCACACUGUGAAGUACAUUGGGCAACAGUUGAUUUCCUAAUAUUCCUGCUGCAACUUUUUCACCAUUUUUUAGGCUGGUACCCAAUUUACUUUAGCCCCUUUCAUAUGUGUCUCUCUAUGUCCUCUUGAUUGUCCCCUGCAGCCAUUUGUAAACAAAUCAAAUUGUAUCUUCCAGGCCAUGGGCGCCCGCAGAAAACUUUCUAAGGGAGGGGGGGCAAAAAAAAUCAAUUAACUUUCCAGGGGGGGGCAAACAUUUUUUAGUAAUGUUUUAAUAUAGUUUUAAUUUACUGUAGCGUAUUUGUACUGUGAACGAACGGACAGGACAUCAGCUUAGUUACUUUCUCUUUAUUUUCUCUUUAAUUUAAUAAUUUUUUUGUCUAUUUUUGUCUAAAUUUUUUUAUCCAAUCAAUCCGGGGGGGGGGGGGGGGGGGGGGGCAAGUGGCCCCCUUGCCCCUACUUGCGGGCGCCCAUGUUCCAGGCUGUGUUCGGCUGAACAAUUUAAAAUUAAAUUAGCCACUGAAGACAUAAUGACAAUGCAAUUCUAAAAAUAUAAAAAAUUGUCCUUAAAAUCAUUAACAGUUUUUAAAAAUCAGUUAACCAUUGUCUUAGUGUGAAUAAAAACAUAUGAAUCAAGUCUUUUCAAUAAAUUCAGCACAGCAUCUGGCAAACAUUUGGCUCCAGUCUGGCAGUUGAAAUGGGUUGAGAAAGAAAGAGGCUCAGGAGAGGACAGUACAGAGGUUCUAAUUUCAAUAUCAACUGAUGGUCGUGUCACACAGUGGUCAAUACGAAAGGGCUUUGAGAGCUAUGGUUAGUGCAAAUAAUUUUAGAACCAUUUCCUUAUAGAAAAUUCUGUAAGCUGUUAUAUAUUGGGGCUACUUUUCUGUCACCCUUAGUAAAUAUUUGACAGUUAAAUAAAUCAGUGUCUAAAACUUAAAAUAAAUAAAUCCCUAUUUUCUCAUGAUUUACAUCAUUCUCAUUAAAUCACUACACCAUCGUGUCGUGAGAAUGAAUAUUUGGGGUCGUGUGAAAAAUCAUGGUUAACUUGGUCUGUUACACAUAUCACACUACUUAAAACAAUAUUAGAAAUCAAAGAGUUACAAUUAGUAAAUUUAAUUUUGGCUUUUAAUUUGAUGCCCCUCAUAAUACUUGUUUGUUUUGAUCAGAUGUUAUUGGAAUAAUAAAAGAUAUAUUUUACAAUCAACGUUGAAGUAUUUAUGAAAGAUGUUAAGUAUUUUCAAGAUAAGCAGUUUACUUUGAUUUUAAUUAUUUUUUAAGGCAAUCUAUUGUACUAUUGUAAAAGGUUAAAGUUAAAAAUACUUUUAUUUAUAUCAGCAUUUAAAAAAGCAGUUUAAUACCUUCAUUGAAAUUUUUAAAUUUAUUUAAGAAAUAACAACAAUAGUGCUAUGUUAUUAUUAUCCUAUCAGAUGUAAUGAAAUUGAAGAAGAUGCCUACAAGGAUGGCUGGUCGAUCACGAGAGAAGAAAGGAGAAGCUUUUAUCUCAAGAUUUGCUGGUGGCUUGUGCUUUGAUUUUCACUUAUUAGAUUCAAACAUGUAAGUAAAAGAAGCCAUCUCUGUACAUUUCUGUAAAACAUCGUCAUUUUGUACUCUGUCAAGCUUAACUCUUUGCUAAAACAUUAGGGCAAGGGUCUCUAGAACUGAAAAUUUCUAUUGAAUAGACAGUUUCUUGGAACUCACUAGAUCUGAGGCAUAGAUCAAAGAUAUUAGAAAUAAGAAGCUAUUGAAAAUGCAUACAAUGACCAUCUACUGACAGAAAUCAAAGAGAAAAAUGAUAUGAUUACCAAAAACUAACCAAAGACCCACUAAUCACAAAAGCUUACCAAAAAAAGUACUAGCACAACUGGAAACAUCAAGGGAGGAAAUAAACAGGGAAAACAAUAUGAAUGAGCAGUGGGCUGGGUUAAAAGAUGCUCUGAAGAGAUCAGCAGAAAAAAAUAGAUUUUAACAAACUAACAGUACAGUAGGGUGGUUUGAUAAUGAAUGCAGAAAGACUGUCAAAGAAAGGAACAAGGCAUGAAUGGCCAUAAUACAAAAGGAAACCAGACGAUGAAGCCAGAAGAAAAAGGAAUGAAAAUGUACAGGAAGAAAAAUGGGAAAUGGGAAAAAGCUAAACUAAAAAAAAAGAAAGAUUUUUCAAGAGAGUAAAAUAUUAGAGGAACGCAUAUGGAGAUAAAAGACAAAAAGAAAUGAUACCAAGUCAGAUCACGAAUGUGCGAGAGCUAAGAUGGACAAUUAAUUACAGAAAAUAGUAUAGUCCUGGGGAGAUGGGCUGAAUAUUUUGAGGGAAUAUUAAUUGCAGACAAUUGGGCAAGAUGAAGAUUAUAAAGCACCACAUGGCGGACCAAACACUUUAACCCCCCAUUUCAGAAGAAACUACAGAAGUAAUCAACUCUAUGAAGAACCAAAAUGUCCCUGGAGAAGAUCUCAUCACAGCAGAACUUAUGAAAUAAGGAGGAAGAGAACUGCACAUUCAGACACACAAGAAGAGAGAAUUCAAACAUAAUGGGACACAACACUAAUAGCCCCAAUACACAAGAAAGGUUCAAAACUUCAAAGCACAAACUACAGAGAAUUUCCCUACAAAAUGUAACAUAAAAAAUACUGACUAAACUGAUCGCCAAGAGACUUCAAUGCUACACUGAACAAUUGCUAGGUGAGUCCAAUGUGGAGUCAGACAAAACAGAUCAAUGAGUGAUCAGAUUUUCACCAUCAGAUGCCUAUAAUCUAAAUGUUAAAGAAAAUUAACACCAGUGAACCAACUCUAUGUGGGCUCUAUAAAAUGGCCUAUGACAGCAUCAGAAGAAAAUAUAUAUAUGACACUCUGCAGGAGUUUUGCAUACCCAACAAACUGACAAGACUGAUAGAUGUAAUUAGUAAUAUUAAACAACUCAAAAAGCAAAAUCAAGUUUCAGGGAGAAUAUUCAAGGGAAUUUGAGAUUAGAUGAGGUUUAAGACAAGGAGACGCUCUGUCUUGAAUGCUAUUUAACCUAACAUUAGAGAGACUUCUAAGAAGUAUACAUAUUGACACCAGUGGAAAAAAUCACAGGAUGCUAUGUGAGGAAAAUUAAGACCCACAACCUAUAAGCACUCUCUACAACCAACCCCUUAAGUAUCUUGCAUAAGUUGAUGACAUAGCCCUGUUAGGGAAAAGUAGUAAAGAUAUAUCAAAAUCCUUUAGUGAAUUAGAAGACGCAUCACUGCAAGCAGGGCUGGAAGUUAACAGCCCAAAAACAAAAUACAUGACUAUGUUAAGAGAAGAGCAGGCAGAUGAAACCAUUAUUAGAAAUCACACUUGAAAAAUUAAAACAAUUCAAAUAUCUAGGAUCCUCAAUAAAAGAAAGAAAUGAUGAACAGAAAUAAAAGAAAGAAUCCCUACUGGAAACGGAGCAAACUUCAGGAGGCACAAAAUACGCAAAAGUAAAAACAUUAUAAGAAAAACUUUAUAUAAAACUGUAAUCAGACCAUUAUGCAAGUGAAACUUGGAUCCUAAAAAAAACAGGAGAAAACCUAUUAAAUACAGGGGAUAGAAAAAUACUCCGGAAAAUUUAUGGAUCAACAAAAGAUGAAUAUGGAUUGAGAGUAUGAACUAACCAGGAAUUCUGGUGGCUAUACCAGGAGCCCAAAAUAAAUACAAAAAGGCAGGCUGUGCUGGACAUUUGGAAAGAAUGCCAAAUGACCAAGGAGUGAAUAGGGUGCACCACCAAAACCCCAGUGGAAAACUGCUUGAAGGCAGACCUAAGCUUAGUUGGAUAGACAUGUGGAAAAAGAUCUACAGCAGCUGGAAAUCCUCACAUAAAAAAGAUAAGCAUCACACUUAGGUCUGAGUGGAAGGAAAUGGUGAAGCUGGCGAAAGCCCUAUAUGGGCUGCAGUGCCACAGGGAUGGAUGGAUAGAAACAAUUUUUCAUGGAAUAUUUGGAGAGAGUUAAAGGGACUUCAAGUUUCCACCAUUACACAUAUGAGAAGGUUAGCCUCUGCACCUUCAGAUAUUGCACUUUUACCUAUUUAAAAAAAAACAACUAUGUAAUGGCAGGAAUACAAGAAAACCAUGCAGUUUUUUUUUUAAAGUCCUAAUAAGAGAUGGUUCAUCAUCUUCAACAGAUGGAAACAUGGUUAUCCUAUGAAGGUGCAUCAAAUGAUGUCAUUGACAGUUUUGCUGCCACCUCUCCCUAAAACUAAUCUUUAAUCACAUGUUUGAGAACAUUUAAUAAUAAUAUUAAUAAACACAUUUUAAGUUUUUUUCAAGGUUAUCAAUCUAUGUUAAGACUUGCUGUCAAUAAACAACUAAACAAUAUGUGCACAUGUGACCAAUUUAUAUCACAAAUAACUUGGUUCUGGAAGAAAAAUUGGAAGAUGACCCCAAAAUUUUACAGAAAAAAUAAUUUCAAGAACUUGACAUUUGUUUUUACCUUUAAACAAUGUACAACACUGCCAGGGGUUAGGUAGGUGGGUUUAAGCUGAGUGUUAGAUAAUGACAACAAAUCACAUCCAAACAAUCAUUGGUGCAACUCAGCUUAAAAUCAUCUUUAAUAAAGAAUUCAUGGUAUUGUCACACCUUGAAAUUUUGUCUGUAUUUUUUACCAAAUGACAGUCAGUUAUGUGUUGAAACUUUACAAUUUUUCAUGGUAGGUGAUAUUGAUAUAUUUUUUGAAUUCAAUUUAGUUGUGUUGGUUCAAGAGACUAUUUAACAGUGCCAAAAUAAAAAUGAUAGCAUUUCUAUACUCUUAGCAAGAGCCGCCUUCUCUGGUUAAGUCAUGUAAGAAGAAUUGAGGAAGCCUGAAUUCCAAAAGAUCUUCUGUAUGGAGAAUUGGCAGGAGGGGAGGCAUAUUAUUUAUUGGAUGGCCGUGGCUGAGAUUUAAGGACGUUUGCAAAGGAACAUGAGGGAGGCCAACAUAGAAAUCAAUGAGUGGAAGAUCAUGGCUAAGCACCGUUCCAGCUAGCAAACAGCAGAGUAUGAAGGAGUCAAGAAGUGAGAAGAUGUAUGAAAUGAAGCCAUGGCAAGUAAAAUGGCAUUAUGGAAGGUCAAAUUUAACCAGGAGUUAAGGUUCUCUUGUGAGAAGUGCAGCCGAGACUAUCCCCGUAAGAGCAGUUAACCAGUUCAUCAUAUUGAUAACUAUGGAACCAUGAACUGUAUUAGCACAGCAUCUUUCACAAUUGUAAAACUUAAAUGGAGCAAACGUCUUUGUUUAAUCUUUGUUGUACAUCUGUUUAAAAUGUUUUCAAAACCGUUUUGUUUGAGGUACCAACGAAUGCAUGUUUUAUCUACCGUUUACAUUUUGAUUCCUGUUAGUAGUAUUUUAGGAAUGGUUUUGCAUGGGGUCUGCUAUGCCAUUAAGAUGGUGAAGUUACUUUAACUUUCAUUACACAUCAUCAUUACAGUUUUAAAGUUGAACAUGCAAUCAUACUUUUUCAAUAAAUGUUCAUCUAUAUGGAGCCAGGCUAGUUAUAAAGCAUGUCCCUUGUUACAUUUGGUACAUUUCUAUAUCAGUUGGAUGUAUUGUGUUCCAGAUAUUUAGCUGGUACAGAGGAGGGCUACAUUCAUAAGUGUUCUUGUUCUCACAAUGAACAGUACCUAGAAAGCUAUCAAGGCCAUACAGUAAGAGGUUUAAAGUAGCUAAUUCAUAGAUUAUAUGGGAUGGAUUAUCAAAAACAGACAUUAGUAUCAUGUAACAAUGAACUGUCCUUAGAAAUAAGUUUAAAAGUACAUAUUUUUAAAUUAGAAUAAAAACCUGAGUUUAAAAUUCAGAAUAUUGACUUCUUUGAACUAAGAAAGUGAGAAAAAAAAACAAAAAAAAAAAAAUAAUAUUAAAACCUUUGUUCCAAAUCAUUAUUUGGAGUUCACAUUUUGACCCAAGGUGAUUUCUUAAAACAUUAUUUAAUGAAAUAAAUUAUUUAAAAAGAUUUGUUAAAAUUUUUUUUACUGAUACUGAUAAUCAAUGACAAAGAAAAUUGCUUUUAUUUUUUUCUUCCUUCUUAUGUAAAAUACUUUCUUUCUUUCAGGCACCAGUUUAUGCCAUUCAAUGGUCACCAUUUGUUACGGAGCUUUUCUUAACAUGCAGUGCUGACUGGACAAUCAAACUCUGGCACCAGGAUAAACCGAAACACAUUCUUUCGUUUCACUCUAACACUGUGAGUGCUGGCCGAUUUUUUUUUUUUAGGUCUACUUAUUUUAAACAUUAUUUAUAAAAAAAUACCAGAUGCUUAAAUAAAAGUGAGCUAACCUGAAAAUAUUUACAAUUUGCAGAAGGCUGUUAAUGAUAUCUGCUGGUCACCCUGGUCAUCCACAGUGUUUGCAAGUGUCAAUGAGGCAGCAGUUGAGGUGUGGGACUUAGCGCAGAGCACGUGAGUGUUACAAUUUUACCAUUCAUCACAUUUUGUUUUAGUUUUGUUUCUAAGAAAAUGUUUUAAAAAUAUUUGGACUUAAUUGUUAUAGCAAAAUUUGUAACAAAUGAUUUUGUUUUUUUAAAGGUUGGAUCCUGUGUAUUCCAUUGCUCCCCCUUCAGGGGCAAAACAGACAACUGUCUCAUUCAGCAAGAAUUCUCAGGUACAUCUCUGCUUGGAUUUAAGAAAGUUUAAUUUCAUCAAAUUUAAGGAAAAAAAAUUUAGUUUCCUUGUUAGAAAAAAUAUCAUACACAUUUUUGAGUACUCAUAUUUUUUAAAAUUUGCACUUUAGUGUUUACUGGUGGGAGACAGUGAGGGCCAGGUGACAGUCUAUCAAUUAAAGUGCAUGCCAAUGCCACCAGAUAACCAGGUAAGACCGCACAAGCUAUGACAUAACAGAACUUACAAGGCAGUAGUUCAUUUAAAGAAUUUUUCAGAUGUCUCUUAAAAUAGGUUUGAUUAAAUCAGUUACAAAGUCAUUCCGAAUACAAAUAUCCAUUCCUUUUAAGUAAAAAAAAUUAAACGGACCACUAUUUAAAUGUCAUUUUUUUUCAGGAAAAAGCUUUAAGGGAAGUAAUCAAAUCUUCAUUAGCCAGUCAGCUGCCGGAGACCAUGGAGGGGUCAGGGGAUCAUCCGGAUGAGGAGGCAGAAGGGGACAAGAAACUUGAUGAAGCCGACUAUCUUAAAUAAAAGCCAGUGAUAUUAGGAAUAUCUUGUUAUUCAAAACUAUUGUUUGCCUUUUUUUCAUGACCAAAUAACUUAUUUAUUUCAGCUCCUGUACUUCCAUAAUUGAAACAUGUUUGUUGUAUGAUCAAUAUGUAGAAUUAAUCAUAAGAAAUUAAGAAUAAUUUUCUGGCAUUGAUUCAGCAUGUGCAUGCAGGCGUAAGUAGGUGCGAGUUUGAAUCUUGAUACUGAAUAGUUAAAAACUGUUCUUGUCUGUUUGAGAACGGCCUAUAUCUAAGCACCUGUCAUUGACUGAUUUGAGUGUAGUCCUGAAUAAUUUUAAAACUAAUCUACAAACUUCUAAGUUGUAUAUGUGAAUAAUAUUUAUAGUAAUCUAUUUUGAGUUUUUAAACGCCUCAUUUAAAACAAAAUGGAAAAAUCCUAUUGGCAUGAAAAAUUUGGGAAGAUGUUUUUUUUUUUUUUAUAAAGAUCAGCUUUAUUAUCCCUUGUUUGAAAACAUAUCGGUCCAUUGUAUUUGUAUAUAGACUGAAGGAAACUUUGUAAAAUUAUAUACCGGGUAAUAUAGUGCAGAAUAAAUAUCUAUGUAAGCUUGUCUGCAGAAAACACCUCUAACUGCCAGGCUUCUGAUCCUUAGUAACUGUCAAGCAGACGUUUGAUAGCCGGAUGAGGAGAAGUGCAAACAAAAAAAGAACACUAGACCGCCUAUAGAAUACAAUGGCUUUGACUUCCACAAAUGCAAUGGUAUUAAGUCCAAAAUCGGGUCACGGUCAUCUUUAGGUGUUUAAAGGACUUUUUUUUUCCCCAAUGACCUUCGGAUACCGUACUUAAAUUAAAACCUAUAUUAUAAGAUAAGAUUUGUUAAUGAUCCAAAUAUAUGGAAAAAUGUUUUGGUUACAUUGAAAAUAUUCAUUUUCAUCAUACAGAUAAACUUUUCCAUGAAAAAAAUAAAUGAGUUUUAGUUGGCUGUUUUUAAACUAAUGCUUUCGCCCCCCUUUUUUUUUAACCUGAGACGAUUUAUUCAUGUACAAUUAAUUGAGGAGUAAUUAUUUAUUAUAAAAAUGUCUAUAGGGUUACAGUGCUUACAAUUUAUGAUACUUAAAAUGAUAAAUUAUGAGAUUAAUAAUUUGUUGUCAUAUGAUCAUUUAAAUUGUGUAGAUUUAUGUUAUAAGAUUAGAAAAAUGAAUUUUAAAAUAAAUAUUUACUUUAUUAAACAGCACUGACCUUCUGUAAUAAAAAAUAAAUUAACAACAUAAAAAAAAUAUAUGUGUUGAGAUUAUGAUCAUCUUUAUAGUUCUUGUACCAGGUAAUUACAAAAUAUUUUUACUUCAGAAAUCUACAAUUUUGAUAUUGAAUUUGAAUGUAAAAUUGAGUUAUAAUUAUAAAAAAAAAACCAACUCUCUUAAUGAUAUAAAUAAAGCUUGAUUAAUUAGGAGCAUUUGGUGUGACUACUUUUAUCUUGGCAGCUUUCUAUUUUUUAAAUUACUAACAGUGAGUGUGUAAGGUGAUGUGUCAGCCCCAUACAAAAAAUAUUCUUGUUACAUGCUGUUAAUCCCUUAAGAUUGUGGUCCAUGCACUGAGCUGGUA